AUGGGCACCCUUGAUGGCAUAGACGAUCUAGCAGAACUUAUGGUCGAGGGAUCACCACAGAACAGACAGAUUCUACAGAAUUCGUCUAAUAUUCUUCGCAUGGCUUCCCAUAUCGUCGGAGCGGCAGGUUUAGAUUUAUCAUCCAUUACAUCUGAUGUUCCCUUCUCCCACACAUUCAAAGGCCAGAGUAAUUCCCCGAAGGUGCUAGAGGCCUAUGAAAACACAGUAGGGCGAUGGGAUCCAGACCCAGAGUAUCACCGUGCUGCCGAGGAAGGCAAUCUGUUUCUCGAUCCAGAAUCCAGCUGUAUAGAAAAUCACCUAGCAUAUCCUUCCGCUCGCAUGUCUGACGAUACAGUCUCGUCCGAUACACGCGAUCGGAUCUUGGCCAUGAUACUGCACACCUGUGAGCCAGCGAAUAUGAUCAAAGUGGUCUCCGCCUUUCCAGCAGCGAAUGUGCUUGAUCGACUCCUACAUCGCUUUUAUGCGACUCAUACAACUGACGAUGACAGCUGGAUUCAUAUUCCGACUCUACGCUCAAGUGAGAUGCCGACAGAGCUUCUGGGCGCUUGUAUCACGUCGGCAGCUAUGAGAUCGUCCAGUGCGGCUGUUCGCCGGUUCGGAACUGCCCUACACGGUGUCCUCCAUCCAUAUUUAUUCCAGAUUCAAAUCCAGGCGCUUGCUCUGUAUGUCCAGACAGGGCUAUGGAGUGGCAAUAAACGCAGGAUGGAAAUUGCCGCAGCUAUUGUAGGAUCGGCUGUCACCAUGCUCCGAAGUGGCCGUCGCUACCGUGCUUCGACCUAUACUAGUGUGAUCCCAGAUCCGGCAGACACUGACGAUGUACUCGAGAGCAAAUGGCAUCAUUGGGUUGAGCAGGAAUCCUGGAAAAGAUUGGUGUUCCACAUGCAUAUUCAUUGCUCGCAAGAGUCCUUGGUAACUGGGAGUAGAACUCCUGUCUCCUACGCCGAGCUCUGUCUUUCAUUUCCCCAAAGCGGGAAGCUUUGGGCAGCGAAGACCGCAGCACAAUGGCUCAGAACAUAUAUCCAGAUGCAGAGUUUCGAGAAGACAUUUCAACAGGCGGGCCUUCGGGAGUAUCUCGCCAACCCGUCUCUCCUGCAGACCAUUUCACCACUUUACGAUUCCAAUUUAGCACGCUCGAUCGUCCUUCAUGCCGUCGGCUCCAUGGUCAAAGAUCACCUCCAGUCGAAAGGACUUCUGCUUCCAGGAAUCUUGGAUACACCUGGAGACUUCCUCCUUGCAGAUGAGAGCUUCCAAAACCGGGUAGCUCAGCUCCUGAACAGCAUCCGCAUACUCCACGACGACAGCCAGCCAGGUGAUCAUCACAGCAGCCAAUUAACAGCCGAAUUGAUCUCCAUGCAUUCUCUGACACCCUUUGAGCAAAUCGAAAUAAUUGCUGGCCGCGAAGGACCCGAAGAAGCCGAAGCUGUAUUGCCACUCUUGGAACGAUGGUGCCAAAGCAGUCAGGCACGGAAGGCAGUAUGGCAUGCAAGCCAAUUUAUUCGGUAUCUACACCAUCUCAAUGCCCAGAGCUUCACAGAGUUCUUUGCGGUCGGAGCUUACCAAGCUAGUCUGUGUCUAUUUAUAUAUGGGACUAUGGCCCAAAUGCCCUCUUCGAGCAACCUCUCUAGUGGUCUAGGGUCGGGAGGCAAUUUCCAAAUUGACGGACCAGACUCCCCUGUAAUACAAAGAUGGAUAAUUUUGGGGUCUGGGACCCCCAUGUUGGGAAGCGUGACCUCGGCCUCCACUUUCUAUGGUGGUAUGCCGCUGGGUGCCACCAGGUCUAUUCUUCUUCGAGUUCGUGACCUUCUGAAUUGGGUCAUUGAAAACGUUCUUGGUGUGUAG